AUUCGACCAAGUUCUCACAUUUCCAAACGGAAAGCGUGUCCCCCCGUAUAGUCUACCGAUUUCAGGUCAGAGGAUGACGACGACGACGGCGACGAGGAGAUGGUGGAAGCGGCGCGACGGCAGCGACGACGCCGACGACCUCGUCCCCAUGGACACCCAAGAGCAGGAGGAGCUGGUCCGGUCGCUGGAGCAGAAGCAGGCGCACCACAGCCGCCGUUGGAGGCGUGUAUUUGCGGGGUUCCUCCUCGGCUACGCGGCCUUCCUCGUCUACUCCAGCUUCCACCAUGCCUGGUCUCCCUGGGAACUGCGAUACCAUGCUUACUUUAUGGAAGAUUUGCCUUCACCGAUGGUCAUAUUUUCAGAUUGGAUAGCUGCCCUUGGAUGCUUAUUAGCAGUUAAGGGGCUACUACAAGAAUCAAAUUCUUCCAAGAGGUGGAUGUGGUAUUCAUUCUAUGUCAGCAUGGCAGUUUCCAUCUUCUGGACAUACUACCUCUUGAAGCUACCAAGGAUCCGAUGGGAUGUUGUGUGGCUCCCGCUUGGCCCUUUGAUUGCUUCCGCGUUGAGCCUCUACGUGGACCAUACACUUAUGAAGUCAAUGCAAGAUAUCAGCACAUUGAGGAGCUAUAUGUACAACUUCAAGUCCCUGUAACUUUGAGCACAUGUCUGUCUAGAUCUUGCACUUAGUUGUACAUCAGAUAGGUUGAAUCCUAUCGAUUUUUGCCGUCUUCUCUGUUCUUGCCUAGUGUCAUUGUCAAGGCAAAAUUCUAAAUAGUCUAGUUGCGUCAGCCUAGCAGAGUCUUUCACGUACUUGCGAAUUAUCAGGUCACCUCACUAUACGGAAUGCUGAUACGAAUCAUGUACCUUUCGGUUAUGUUGUUACCCAACUUACUUUUCAUC